AUGCCAGAGGCUAAUGCAUUGGCAAAUCAGCCAAAUGGACCUCAAGCUUUUGGGUUGACGAAUCAGACUACAACACUGGCACCAUCUCUCUUAGCUCCACCAUCUUCACCUGCAUCCUUCUCGAAUUCUGCACUUCCUUCAACAGCUCAGUCACCCAGUUGUCGUUUCUCAUUGUCUGCCAACUCACCUGGAGGUCAUUCAUCCACUCUGUUUAGGGCAGGGCCAUAUGCCCAUGAGACACAACUGGUGUCACCUCCUGUUUUCUCGACCUUUACAACUGAACCAUCUACUGCUCCUUUCACACCCCCACCAGAGUUAGCACACCUAACUACUCCCUCUUCCCCGGAUGUGCCUUUCGCUCAGUUUCUUUCAUCUUCCAUGGAUCUCAAAAGCACUGACAAGACAGAUUACAUUCCAGCAAAUGAUCUUCGAUCAACAUAUUCCCUUUAUCCUGGAAGUCCAGCCAGUAGUCUCAUGUCACCUAUUUCAAGGACCUCAGGCGACUGUUUAUCAUCAUCUUUCAGGGAAAGAGACUUUCCCCCUCAAUGGGAUCCUUCACUUAUUACUCAAGAGACUAAAUACUCAAGGUCUGAGUCAGGCAAGCUAUUUGGGCUGGAUACAGGCAGUAUCUCCAAGUUGUCUCAAGAUUCAAAUUUCUUCUGUCCUGCUACGUUCGCACAAUUCUAUCUGGACCACUCUUCGUUUCCACACUCUGGUGGAAGACUAAGUGUUUCCAGGGAAUCAGAUGUUUACUGUAAUGGUGGAAAUGGGCAUCAAAACAGGCAGAGCAGAACAUGCAAACAAGAAGUUGAGGAAAUAGAAGCUUACAGAGCAUCCUUUGGAUUCAGUGCAGAUGAAAUUGUGACUACACAUCAGUAUGUGGAAAUUUCUGAUGUAUUGGACUCCUUUACCAUUAUGCCUUUUACCUCCAAUGUACCGCACGUGGAGGCAAGUACAUUAACUUCAACCAAUGAUGAACCCGAAUCAGAGGGAACACCUAUGAAAUUACAGAGUCCAGAAAGCAAAUCAGAAUUAGAUUAUACUGGUGAGGGGAUAUGUGAUGAAGUGCCAAGUUCAUGCAAUGGUCUCGAAGAUCAUGCAUCACAGAGACAACCUGGGGAUGUUUCGAGGCGAGCUAUACCUGGUAACCAAAUUCUGAGAGAUGAUGAUGAUGACAUCUUCUCUAAGAUGGGAGCUUCCAGAGUUAGAAGGAAAUAUCCUAUGGGUUCAUCAAACUCUGAUGCAGAAAUCGACUAUAGGAGAGGAAGAAGGUUAAGAGAAGGCAAAGGAAACUUUUGA